AAUAGGGGGUGAUUACAAACCAGAACCUAACAGACUAGAUUAGCCUUGUCACAGCCUAGAACGGCACACGUCUUUGGAUUUCACAAGCCUGAAGGGAAUAUAUCUACAAUAUAGAAUAAAAGAGCACAGACAGAUUGUCUCCAAACAAUACAGUGAUCUGUUAACUCACGACUCCCAUGCUGAAUCGCUUAAAGAACCUUAUUAAAUCUUCCAGCACCACUUAUCCACAAGGAGCUUCAAUAAAAGGUCCUUCUGGCAACUGAUUAUUCAGCGCUUCAAAGUGUCGGUUUCCAAGUAAAUCUUUAUUCUUCAAUGACUUUCUCAGCCUCUACCUCAAAGUUCAAGAUGGCUUCUGGACUCCAGGCUUUAGAUUCAGUAAUGGGUUUAAGGGCUAAACUCUCUUUCAGAGUGGAACCAGGAAAACCUUCUAUGCCGAACAUGUUCACCUUGAUGCUGUUUAUCUGGUGUUUCCUGUUUGUCUCCCAUGUUGGCUGCCAAAGUAACUUCACACCUCAGCCUCUUCAGUCAGAAGUGGGGAUAUCUGAACUGCCCAACAACGACCCUCCUCCUCGACUGGCCGCAGUCCAUCGUACUUCAAACACAGAGACGCAUAUCUCACAAGAGACUGUUAAUAAACCGCCAAUCUCGUUGGACUCUGAAGAAGGAAAACUGACGGCUUUGAACAAACCUAAGCCCAAACUUGAUAAAAAGCCUCUACCGCCCAUAUCAUCCUCCAACUCAUCAAAGACCCAAACGCCCCCCUCCUGCCAGCAGAAAACCUCAAUAAAAAGUGCUUUCAAAUAUGUUAACACAGUGCUGUCCUGCUUGAUCUUUGCUGUUGGGAUCAUUGGAAACGCCACCCUGCUGAGGAUUAUCUACCAAAAUAAAAGCAUGAGGAAUGGACCCAACGCCUUAAUAGCCAGCCUCGCCCUGGGAGACCUCAUAUACAUCGCCAUAGACAUCCCAAUCAAUGUCUACAAGUUCUACCGGGAUGCCAAGGACUGGUGGCUGUUUGGCUUCUACUUCUGCGUCCCUCUGGCCUGCUCAGCUGUUUUCUACGGCCUUAUGACCUGUGAGAUGCUGAGGCAUCAGAAGGGACACCUGAGGAUCUCGCUGAGUGAACACCUUAAACAGCGCCGUGAAGUGGCUAAAGCCGUUUUCUGUCUGGUGGUGAUCUUCGCACUCUGCUGGUUUCCGCUUCACCUGAGUCGACUUCUAAAGAAAACCGUCUACAAACCGCAUGAUGUUCACCGCUGCGAACUCUUGAACCUGCUGCUGGUGCUCGACUACUUCAGCAUCAACAUGGCGACCAUAAACUCCUGUAUCAAUCCCAUCAUCCUCUUCUUUGUCUCUAAGAAGUUCAAGAACUGCUUUAAGUCCUGCCUGUGUUGCUGGUGUUACCAUGGCUCCCUCUCCAACAGCAUGCAGCCCCUCCAUCACGGCACCAGCCAGCAGUACAAACACACCGACCACUGAACGACUCCCCUCCACCGGAAGGACGUUCGGCAGCCUGUCCAGCAGAAAUGUAUUCACUUCUAAUAUGUGCACAUGACCUGUACAGCUCUGACAGCCCUCUUUUGAGGUUGGGAGACCUCUAAAUAUCACAGGAUAUGAGAUUUAAAACAGAAUUUGAGCUUUCAGUUUGUAAAGAGUUGGUGGUUCAAGCCCUGCUUCUGGCUUUCAAUGUCGAUAUUAACAAUUCUGUUGCUCAAAGUUACCAAUUUGUAUUUUUUUCCCCUUUUACCAAUAUAGAUUGGUUAUAAACACUACCAAAUUAAAUAGGUUAUUUUAACCAAAGGAUUGGUUGGACACAUAACUACCUACCAAAUUUUUAAUCGAUUAGACUGUUUUUAGGGUGUUAUUUUGUUAAAAAAUAAUUUCUUAACUCUUGCUUCUCAGUGUUAAAGGUUACAUUUCACUCAUUUCUUUAGUGAGAGGUUAUGCUACUGUAAAAAAGCUGAAUUUAUUUCACAGCCUUGUUAUCAUGCUUCUCUAAAGAUUCCUUUGACACCAUAGAGAUCAGAAGAACUGUAAAGCCAGAUAAUGUUCUUUAUUUAUUAUUUUGUCUAUUUUUAAGUGCCUCGUUUGUUGCUUUUCAUCAGUCACCAGUCGGCUUCUCUCUGUUCUUAACCAGUAAUUAUGAUGUAGUUCCUGAUGGAGGAAGGAAAAAAGGGAGAACUAAGAGCUGCAGAAUGACAGCGUUAACAAGGACAUGAUGGAUUUUUCAGAUUUCCACAUCAACUAGAAGUGACUAUGGUUGAAUUGAAUGGAAAAGGAGAGAUUAAAUAUGUUUUUGUGUGAUUAUGCCUUAAUAACAACAAUUUGUCCCCAUACAGAUAUGUUGGACCUCUUGUGGCUCUGUAGAAACCUUAAAACAGAACUAUCAACAUAACUCUGCUCUUUCGUUGUAUCCUAUUUUCUGCUGUGUUUUAUUUAAUAUAUCUAACUGCAAUAAGUUUGUAUACAUCCGAGGAAAAGCAGCAAUUAUCUGUGUUACAGUGGCCUCUGGAGGCCGAAGCUAGUAUUACACUUAUUACAUUCUGUCAAUCCGAGUUUACUUCUAAAGGAAAUCCUUUGUUUCAUUAUAGACACACUUAUGUAUAAAGGGAAACUUAUUGUGGUGCUUUGAGGGCUACCAAAACAACUAAAAUGUCAUCAAAGUAAUUUCAUCUACAGUUUAUUUGUUGUGUUGUUUUUAUUAGAUGUUGUAUUUAUCAAUAAAGCUUUA